AGAAAAUAGCUGAAGUCUGUGCCUCCAAGUUUUGGCUCUACCCUUUGCUAUGCUCCUUCGGCAACGACUUCAAGAUGUUGUUGUUGUCAUUAUUUGGUUUCGCCAUUGUUGCCCACGGGCUCAAUCCGAACCCUUCUGCUGAUGGCACUGCGCCGCUGUUUAAUAUGACCGGCACUGAAGACCUGCUGUCGGCAAAAUGCAUUCAGGCCAUGGAAUCUCCCGUGCCAUGCCUCAGUGAUGGAAUCACGAUGCUCACUCAAGAUGAUGCCAUGAGCGGAAUCGCCACGCCAGCAUUAUUGACAGCGGACGAUUUGGACUCGUUAUGCACCGCCUCCUGCUCUAGUUCUCUUGCCUCGCUGAGCAAGGCAAUUGAAUCAGCCUGCAGUGGUGAUGCCUUGACAUUUCCAUCAUCCAAUAGCACCGUAUAUCUACCUGGAACAGACACCCAAGAGAACAUCUUUGGCGGCAACGGCGAAACCAUUAAGCCAUCUCUUGCACUAGACUUGGUCUUGCUGAAGUACAAGGUUGGGUGCCUCAAGGAUAGUGCUGUUUCUGGGUCAGACGCAUGGUGCUAUCUCCGAUUCCAAGAAGGCCUCACGCAGGAGUGUGAUGAUUGUGAGCUGGGCUCAUUCCGUGCCCAGAUGGAGGACCCGGACCAUUAUGAUGCUGACCUUGCGGUGCAGUACACAUCGCGGGUCUCUUCCUGUCACAGGUCGCUCACCCCCAUCGCAACUCCAACAAGGUCCGUCUACGUCAGCUCCGCGACUGGCACAACCACGCAAACUUGCCAUGGAACAAUGGUGCCAGUAGCUACCAAUGCCAACUGCGACGACUUUGCACGCGCUCACAACAUCGGCACAGAGCAACUCCUAUCGCUCAAUGGCCUCACAUCAGGCUGCGUUGGCUUUCCAGGAUCAAGGUCAUCCCUCUGUGUCGAAGGAUCAUGCAAGACAUACACAGUUGCAAUGAACGACACAUGCUCAAGCAUUGUCAAGAAGGCAGGCAUCGCAGACGUGCAAUUUCUAUCGUGGAAUCCCAUGCUUGGAACGCUAAGCUGCAAUAGAGAUAUUGCGGCCAUGGUAGGACACGUGGUGUGCAUCGGCAAUCCGCUGCCAUACACGCCUCCCGGUAACACUGGAUCAGGCCCCAAAACGACGAGCAGCUCAGCGCCAGCGACUACAGUGGGAUUUGAUCAGUUAAGCAGUCUUUCCACCAUCUGGACGCAUGAGCCGCUGUCAACAGGAACAAACACGGCGACGGCAGCUAUGCCAUGGGUUACCCCAACAUAUGCGUUAGCAGAAGGAUCAAUCGCAGGUUGUUAUAUCAUGUAUGACAACACCCUUGAUGGCUUGGAUUGCUCUUGGGUAACGGAGAUAUUCGGUGUUGAUAUGCAGACAUGGGUGCGCUGGAAUCCUAGUGUGCAGAGAGGAGACUCAUGCUAUCUGGAUGCGGAAACCAGGUACUGUGGUCUAUUUUGGGACCCUCUACUUGGUUCGGUCUAUAACAACACCGAAGACUCUCCUUACGAACCAAAACCGUCAGAUGCUACUGCAGGCGCUACUGAUGAAUGCUAUACUUGGGACAAAACCCCAACUACUAGCUCGGAUGACCUGUGCACUACAUUCAUGACCGAAUGGGGAAUCACAAUCGAUCAAUUCUACGCCUGGAAUCCUGCUGUUGGGAACAAUUGCCAGAGCCUUUGGCUUGGCACUUCGUACUGCGUUUUGGGUGAAGAUCCCACUCCGACGUCCUCAAGCACAACCUCUAGCACCACCCGUGCGUCUACGACAACAAGUGGCGGUGCUCCGGCUCCAACAAGACCCGGAACAGUACAAGGGUGCCAGAAGUGGUAUGUUGCCAAGCCCGACGAUAGCUGCGGCGAUAUAGCUACUAGUAACGGCAUCACUAUCGCCCAAUUUGUUGCCUGGAAUGCAGACGUCAACCCUACUACAUGCGACGGCUUCUGGCCCGACUAUGCUUACUGUGUCAAGGCACCGACCACGUCUAGUAGUUCAAAGCCCCCAUCAACGACCUCUAAGCCCCCCUCAACGACCUCUAAGCCGCCCACAUCGACCUCGAAACCUCCCUCAUCAACCUCAAAGCCUCCCUCAUCAACCUCAAAGCUUUCCACUACUGCCAAAGCUUCCAGCACCACCACCAAAGUUACGGCGCCUGGGCCGACGCAAUCUGGAAUCCCUGCCAAAUGUAACAAGUUUGCAAUUACACAGACCGGAGAUGGAUGCGAAUCGUUUGCGACUAGAAACAAAAUUACGGUUACCCAGCUUUAUUCUUGGAAUCCGGUUUUGGAGAAUGCUUGUAAGAACUUCUGGGCCGCGGAGGCGUACUGUAUCGGAGUAUCUGCUUAGAUUGUGUUGUUGGAGUUUAAGAUAGGGGCAUAUGUACCUCUAUAUAUGCGUGAUACAUAAGUAGAGUACGUCAUGUAGAGGCUCGUUGGCUAUCCGGAGAGUGGCCAAAUAUAUAUGGAUAUUCUCUCCCAUUCUGC